CACUGAAUCCCUGUCCGUCCGGGACUCCUGCUCCCGUCCCCGAUGGAGCUGGGUGGCGGCGGCGGCGGCGGCGGCGGCGGCGAGAGCGCCGCCAAGCGCGCAAGGCUCUCCUCCGGCGAUGCCGAUUCGGCCGCCGCCACAGGAGAGGACCGGCUCAGCGCGCUCCCCGAGGACGUCCUCGUCUGCAUCCUCCUCCACCUCACCACCAGCGCCGCCGCACGGACCAGUGUCCUCUCCCGCCACUGGCGCCGCAUCUGGGCCCUCCUCCCGGUGCUCUGCUUCCGCUACCCCCCAGAUCCCCGCCAGAUCGGCCGCGCACUCGAGGCUCACGAGGCGGCCCUCCUGCGCCUCUACGUCUGCACCCAGGACGCGGACCCCGACUCCAUGUCGGCCUGGCUCCCCGUCGCCGCGCGACGCCUCUCCGGCGGCCUCUUGUUUCACAACGUUGUUGUGCGGGAGAGGGGCGCCCAGGAAGGCGACGAGGAGGAGGCCGCGCAGAGCGGCGCCUUUGAGCUCCCCUGCCUGGAGCGCGCCACAGAGGUCUUGCUUCACCUAGGAUUCCUCGGCCUCGCCGUGCCUCCUGCCGGCGUCUUUGCUCGGCUCACCAGGCUGUGCCUGGUUCGCGUUCGGCUCUACGGUCCGGGUGAUCUCGGUGAUGCUGUUUCCUGGCCGCGAUGCCCGUGCUUGCAGAAGCUCACCGUCAGUGACGCCAGGGGGCUGGACAACCUUGCCAUCCAUUCAGAUUCUCUCUGGCAAGUGGAACUCAUCGAUCUGCGUGGCUUGCAGCAGCUCAACAUUGUGGCACCGGCUCUUAAGGAAUUGAAAGUUAAACACUGUUUCUUCUACAGUCCAAGCAAGCCGGUUGCCAGCAUCACAGCGCCUCAGCUGGCAACCCUUCGGUGGAUGGAUCCAUAUGAUCCAAGCUCUGUCCAUCUUGGCGAGAUGAGCCAUCUUCGAUUACUGAGGCCUUUCUUCUUUGUUGUUUAUGGGAAUGACAGCUACGCACACAAUCAGUCUUGUUUAAGUCUCUUGCGGCCUUUCAAGGUCAUCAAACAUCUUAUACUCACACUGGCCUAUCUGUGGGACAUAGAUGACUAUCAAUAUGUGAUGGAAGAUAUGACAAUGCUCCCAGACAUCACGAUUUUGCACCUGAAUAUAUUGGCAAACAAACAUGCUUUUGGGGCCAGCGCAUUUCAUGCUCUCAGAAUGUGUUCUGGUAUAAGGAAGCUAAUGCUGGAAUUUCUUGCUCCUACAGUGGUGGAGGCACAAACUACAUGCCCACCGGGUUGCAUUUGCGGUGAGCACCAAAACUGGGAAACCGAGCACCUGGUGUUGAAUCACCUCAAAGAAGUAGAAAUCACUCGGAUGAGAGGGUCUGAACAUGAAGUUACUUUUGUGAAGCAUCUAUUCAUUUGGGGGACAGCCUUGGAAAAGAUGAUGGUGUUUUUCGACAAAUCGGUUACUGAAAGCGCAGCCAAGGAGUUGUCCCAGGUGCUACGAAGCUUUGCUAGGCCGGAAAUACGCAUGGAAAUCCACACGUAUCUGGACAUGGUGAUGAUGAUGUAUGAACCCGAAGACUAAAGGCACCGGGUUAUCGUGUAGUUUUCCUCUUUUUGUUGUGUACUGCAGUGGUUGAAAUCAUCAAAAACCUACAGCACAGGGAAUGUGCUGGCAGGCAUGCAUGCCGAGGAGUGGUGAUCCAUCUUGUUUGGAUCAUCAGUCCAAUGACUCUUGACUCUGUAAUGCACAUUUACAAGCCUUUUGUGAAGGAAUGGUUAGGUUGAUCCUUCUUACACGAUCA